CAAUCUCAAUCAAAAGUCAACCCUUUGACUUCCCUGCAGCAUGUGACAUGGUUACACAGCUUCAUGGAAGGUCGGAGAUUCAACCAUUGGGAAGACGACGAGGUAGGCUCAUCAAGAUAGAAUAUAAGAAGCGUGAAUGGAGAGAGAUUUGGAGUAGGCAGGUAGAUUGAGGUAUUAGCUUGGUUGGAUUUGGUGCUCUUGUCCUUCUUGGAUGGCCAUGUUUGUGCCUGCAAGCACGAAGAGGAAAGACUUGGAGGUCGUCUACGACCGCCAACCCGAUUUGUCGCUCUUUUCUGAGACUAAAAGGAUCAAAAUAAGUCUGGACGGCAAGCCGCCGCUAAUCCUCGAAGAAGAAGUGGCGAUGAGUUCUCCGGCGUUCGAGGCGCAGCUGCAGGUGGAUGGACUGCCACAGGGUGUGCUGCCAAGUGUCCGCAAGAAUCGAAACCUGGUGAUGACAUUACCGGUGGAUGAAAUGGCAAUUGAUGGUGAGGUAGCCACAGCUACGAUUGCUUCCUCCCUUGACCCCACAGAGAACCAUGAAAGAGAAGAGACUGGAGCUGAGGAACCGAUGGAAGUCGAAGAACAAGAGGGUCUUCUUCAGCGACCGGGAAGAACAGAUCCCGUCAUUUGGUCAGGUUGUAAGGAACGAACAUGGUUUCUCCGUCCGUAAUUGCUUCCAGAUCGUUGGUCGCUUACUUUUUUUUCCUUCUUGUUCUCGAAUGGAGACAGCAGGAUUCUUUUGAGGAAGGACCAGUUUGCCCAGCUGAUGCAAAGUUGCACUGUAUGGGGAGUGACUAGGAGGCUGUACAGCUACUAGAAACGGUUUCGUCUCGUCUCGUUAAUUCUAUUUGUCAUGAUAAACUCGUGUGAUUUUGGUGACUUGUCAAUGAAUGGACGAGCUCGUUUAAAGCUAAA